UUAUUAAGGCGCAUUGUAAUUUUUCAUUAUAACAUAACAGUUAAAAUGUGUUUAUAUAUAUAUUUAACGUUAUAUACUAUGAAAAAUAUUCAUAUGCAUCAAAAUUAAAAUUAAUCUUAUUCAACGUGUGUUAUUGUAUUAUUGGGAUGUAUGCAACGGAUGUAAACCACUGCACCAUAACCACUUCCCCAGGAUGUCUCUUGUAGAGCAUGAGUCGUCCAACCGAUCUAACAGGUCGUAGACUUGUUAGGUUAGAGAUAUAUGUUUACAAAUAGGCCUCAAGCCAAAAAAACUGUCAGCAUAAAACAAUGAAAAUAUUGCAAAAUAUAUUGGCAUUGUUUUUACUGAUGAAAACUCAUUUGGUUUCGAGUCCUACAGUCAUUCUGCUCACUGAUUGUAAACCUGAAGCUUGUAUGUCGCCUGGGAAACAAUGUUACUCUCUUGUGACUCGUGCUGCAACUUACCUGUUCGACCGACACCUGUAUUUCAUCAAUACUGCUAGUGGCACUUUACUGAUGUGUACCGGUGAUGCCGUCCAACAGAACAUCGAGCGCUAUCGUGGGUUAUCUGAUAAAUAUGACUGGACAAGAACGGCACGAAUAGCUAUAGUGGGUACCAUUCUGGGAACAGCACAACAUUUCUUUUAUCAUAGGCUAGACAAAAAAUAUCCUGGUCAAGAAAUGAAAACAAUAGCAAAAAAAAUUUUCUUCGACCAAACUUUAUGCACACCUAUUAACAUACUCAUUUUUAUUUAUGGCUUGGGAUUUUUAGAUAAUAGAACAUGGACUAAAAUGAAUGAAGAAUUUAAAGACAAAUUCAUAACAAUUUUUAUGGUCGAUUGUGGAAUAUUUAUUCCAACUCAAUGUGUUAACUUUAAGUUUGUGGGCCCAAAAUACAGACUCUUAUUCACUAAUGUAAUCUCUAUUAUGUAUGAUACAUUUCUUUCAUAUAUCAAGUACACACAUGAUAUUAUCAAGUUAGUAGAAAAACAAAAUAACAGAAAUAUUAUAACAAAUUGAAUUAAGUAAAUAAAUAAAGGUUUAUUUAAUUACGUAAUGUUGUUAUAAAAUUUGGUCUUACUGAAAGUGUAUGCGAUAAUAUAUCUCUAUAAUACUAAAUAAAUAAAAAUAUCAAAAAUAUCAAAAAAUGCAAGAUUAGUUGAGAUCGUGGACACCAGAAGCAACCAACUGUCUUGCCAGCCAAUCAAGUCCAUCGUGAAGGCCAGCACCACUCUGAGCAUCACAUGCUUGUAUGUGCCAACUACGUCCACAACAUAGUUUAUACAGGCCAAACAAUUCUGUUAUAGUUUCAACAGUCACACAACUCGGUAUAUCCUGAGAAAAAAAAAAUUGCAUAAAACAGCUUUUAAGUGACAACGAAUAAUAUUGAAUUACUUGUUUGUUAGCUAAAAUUAAUAAAGCAGCAUCUUUCAACUCUUUUUCUGUCAUAAGCUUAGCCAAUUCAUUGGAUGAUUCUAAAAGUCGCUGCUGGUCACUAGAAUCAAUAACAAAUACCACUGCCUACAAAGAAAAAAAUAAAAUUGAAUGGAAUUUUAAAGAUAACUUUUUUUGAUCAAUUAUUCGUCAAAUAAUUCAUAUUAAAAAAAAUAAAAAUGAUUAUUUAUUUUACUUGUGUAUUCAGGUAAUAGUGUUUCCACAAUGGUCUUAAUUUAGGCUGUCCACCAACAUCCCAUAUUGUAAACUUCAUGUUUUUAUAGUCAACAGUUUCCACAUUAAAUCCAAGUGUAGGUAUCAUAGUCAUAAACUCAUUCUGUUUCAACUUAAAUAGCACACUUGUCUUCCCAGCUCCAUCCAAGCCUAAAGUAACAACACGAAUUUCCAUUUUAGGACCAAUGUGAACUCGAUUAUCCUAGAAAAGUUCAAAGUUGAAAAGUA